AUGUCCAAGUUAUACAGAACUGGAAAUCUAACAAAUAUCUCAGAAUUCUUCCUCCUGGGCCUCUCAGAUGAUCCAGAACUGCAGCCUGUGCUCUUCACCCUGUUCCUGUCCAUGUACCUGGUCACCGUGUUGGGGAACCUGCUCAUCAUCCUGGCUGUCACCUCUGACCCCCACCUCCACACCCCCAUGUACUUCUUCCUCUCCAACCUCUCCUUGGCUGACAUUGGUUUCAUCUCUACCACUGUUCCCAGGAUGACUGUGAACAUCCAAACUCACAGCAAAGUCAUCUCCUAUGUGGGCUGCCUGACUCAGAUGUCUGUGUUUAUCUUUUUUGGAUGUAUGGAUGAUAUGCUCCUGACUGUGAUGGCCUAUGACAGGUUUGUGGCCAUCUGUCACCCACUGCACUACCAGGUCAUCAUGAACCUACGCCUCUGUUGCUUCUUGGUUUUGGUAUCUUCUAUUUUUAGCAUUUUGGAGUCCCAGGUGCACAAUUUGAUUGUAUUACAAGUUGCCUGCUUUAAGGAUGUGGAAAUUUCUAAUUUCUUCUGUGACCCUUCUCAGCUCCUCAAGCUUGCCUGUUCUGACACUCUCACCAAUAACAUAGUCAUGUGUUUUCUUGGUGCCAUCUUUGGUUUUCUCCCUUUGUCAGGGAUCUUUUUCUCUUACUAUAAAAUUCUUUCCUCCAUUCGCAGAGUCCCCACAUCAGGUGGGAUGUAUAAAGCCUUCUCCACCUGUGGCUCUCACCUGUCAGCUGUUUGUUUAUUAUAUGGAACAGGCAUUGGUGUGUACUUCAGUUCAGCUGUCUCACAAUCUCCCGGGAAGGAUGCCGUGGCCUCGGUGGUGUACACUGUGGUCAUGCCCAUGCUGAACCCCUUCAUCUACAGUCUGAGGAACAGGGACAUCAAGCGGGCCAUGUGGAGGUUCUGCAGCAAAACAAUCAAACCUCAGUCCCUCUGCCACCCAUUUGGAUUGCAGAUGGGAAAAUGA